AGAUAUUACUGGUAUAGUGUAUUAUUGGUCGUUCAAACAUAAAUCAAAUGAACAACUCUUGUAUCCCUUCAACUGCCGCGGGAUUGAAAUACGGGUUGAUCUUACCAUCGAUACAGAUCGUUGUCAAUAUGGUUCCACUCAUCGCUAUUUUAACAAACCAUAAACAAUUGGUUCGAUUGAAGAGUGUUUACAUUCAUGUGGCUAACACUUUACUGGCAAAUGUAGCUUUAGCGUUGUUCGUAUUUUACACAAUGCUUAACUUCGUGUUAGUGUUUGAAAGACCAAGCAAUGAACAGAAUAAUCAUAGAUUCGACCCUACUAACCCAACCCACCGCACUAUCAUGGAAUGGUGGACCUUCCAAAAGUCGUUUACAGUUUGUAUUGCGUUGGCUGGUUGUUUCAGCGUGGUUGGUUUAAUAUUUGGUUUAAAGGAAACAAUGUAUUUCCCAAGUACGCCACAAUCGCACAAUUCUUCACUGUUUCAAACUGAAAACAACCGUAAUGGAAAACGACUGAAAACAGUAUUAGUUAUUGGAGCAACGUGGGGAGUUCCAAUCGUAUAUUCACUCAUAGCAACGUUUUCACUCAACUGUUUCGAGCACUGCAAAUGUCUCCCUGCGUAUUAUGAGCAUGCAUUUUGUAAAGCACCAGAUAAUAAUCUGUGUUCGGUUGAAUAUCUUCCAGUUUCAAAAAGUUUUCUGAUUGUUGUUUCUGCGAGUUGGUUGUUGGCUGUUGUGUUUCUAGUUACAGCUAUAUUUCAACAAAUCAAAACACUCAGGAGGAACAUGUUAUUUAUGAAAUAUGCUGCUACUCUUGUAAAUUCUGUUGCUACAUUAAGGGUUCCCCAUCUAACACCCAGGGACAUCACACUUAAAUACGUCAAGCCAAAGGUCAUCAACGAACAACGUACAAACGAAACCGGAAUAAUUGAAACAAAUCCAAAUAAUGUUGUUCAAUCCAAUGAAACAAACGACCGAAGAAAAAAGAUGGGCGAGUCACCAGCAAAGUUUUUAAGUCCUUCAAUGGAGUUAGUUAUCUAUUUAGCCCUGACAGCUAUAACAUGCACUAUUCCACAAAUCGGAAUAUUUAUGUACGAUGUUAUAAAAGUACCAGAAGAACCUUUUCCAAUUUCCAUAUCUUUAACAGCGUACACAGCUUUAUUUGUGUAUAGUGUCAGUUCCCCUAUUUUGUUGCUGAAGUAUUUAUCCGGUUUAAGAGAAGCUACUACCCGUUUGGUGAUGCAUUGCGAUUGUACAAGAAAAUUUAUUAUAAGUCGACCCUAAGUAAAAUUAUCAUGUUUUUCAAGUCAAACUUAUAUUUUUAAGUCAACUUUAAGUUACAUAUGAUUCGUUAAGUUAAAAUUAAACUUUUUUGGUCUAUUAAACCUGUAAUGUUUUAAUUGUACUGUAUUAUUAGUACACACCGAACUUAGUUUUACAGUGUACACAAAACAAUUAAACCAUUGUGAUACAUUAUCCUACAUUGUUACGGAACUGUGUAUGGUGUUAAAUAACAAUUGAUAUGAUAAGUCAUAGCAAAUAAAUACACCUACACAGCUUGCUGUGUU